AUGAACGAGCUUAGGGUAAGUGUGAAAUGUCGUAACAUUACUUGUAUGGGACCAGAAGCUUUUCAAAAUUUUUGUGAGCUGCUUAUGAGAGAUGGUGGUCUUCGACCCACAAGACAUACAAGUGUUGAAGAGCAAGUUGCCAGGUUUCUUCACAUUAUAUCACACAAUGUGAGGAAUCGGACAAUGUCAUUUUUCUUUUAUCGCUCUGGUGAAACCAUAAGCCGUCAUUUUCAUAGUGUGUUAAAAGCAAUAAUAUCCUUGGAAGGACAGUUCCUCAAGCAACCUAAUGGAUCGGACGUCCCCCCAGAAAUACUCAAUAACGAUAGGUUUCAUCCAUAUUUUAAGAAUUGCAUUGGGGCAAUUGAUGGAACACACGUUCGUGUGAGAGUACCUAACGAAGAUGCACCAAGAUAUCGUGGCAGGAAGAAUUAUCCAACAAUAAAUGUGUUAGCUGCUUGUUCAUUUGACAUGAAGUUUACCUAUGUCUUACCUGGAUGGGAAGGUACCGCUUCAGAUUCAAGAGUUAUGGCUAGUGCACUAGAAAGAAAUGGAGAUAAACUAAAACUUCCUGAAGGGAAAUAUUAUCUUGUUGAUGCGGGAUACCCAUUGAAGGCUGGACUUAUCACGCCUUAUAGAGGAAGCAGUACUGAACCAACAUAUGAUGUUAAUACUCAAGUUGAUAUUAUUUUAGCAUGUUGCAUCAUACACAACUAUUUAAUGGGCAUGGAUCCUGAUGAAAGCCUUAUUAAUGAAGUAGACCGGGAGCUGUUGAAUGAAACUCGAAAUGAAGAGGCUGGUCCAGUUGAGAGAAAUGAAGAUCAUAGUUUGGGGGAAUACUUGAGAGAUUCAAUAACUUCCCAUAUGUGGCAUGACUAUGUAGCUAAUCAAAUGUGA